AUGGACGUCCCGGACCACCAAGUUCAUGGUGAGCCGCCGGGACACAUGUUCAAGUCAAAGCUUGACGUGAGUGGGAAGGGUCACCGCGACAGAGAGUCAGACCACUUUCCUCCCACAUUCUAUCCUGAGGUUUGCUGUCCAGAGCCAAGCGUCACCACCUCUAACGCCUCUGACACGGAACCUGCCGUGGCACCUACUGAUUCUAUCGCCAUUGAAGAGGAACAAAUAGAGGAACCAACCGAAUCUCCCGAACCUGCAACUGAAGCAAGCGUGAACUCUACUGAACCAACUGAAGUGCCUCAAUAUAACAGCACUGAAACUGAAACAAGCGAAAAUUCUACUGAUUCUAAUGUCAUUCAAGCGGAACCGGCUGAAACUCCUGAGGGUAACGGCACUGAGGCUGAGAUAAGCGUGAAUGAUAUUGAUACAAGCGAAAAUUCUACUGAUUCUAAUGUUAUUCAAGCGGAACCGGCUGAAACUCCUGAGGGUAGCGGCACUGAAACUGAGAUCAGCGUGAAUGCUACUGAUACAAGCGCCCCUGCAACACAACCCGCCGCGAUCCUUCCUGAGGUGGAGCUGAGCGGGGAGGACCUGCUGCCGAAGAGUGACGAGUGCGGGCUGCGUCCUGAAACAGUCUACAGGAUUAUGCACGGAGAGGAAGCUCCCUUGUACGCCUACCCGUGGAUAGCGCUGCUCGGAUAUGGAGGUGAGACAGAGGGAAGAAGAAGAGAAGGAGGAGGAGGAAGAGGAGGAUCUCCCUCCAAGCCACUGUGGGCGUGUGGCGGUGCGCUGAUCAACGAACGCUACGUGGUCACCGCCGGGCACUGUAUCGCAGAGAGCAGCAGAAAAUCCAACGGUCUUGGGAAACUAUUCAUCUCACACUCACUACACUCUAAUUCUACUCCAACAAGUCCCCUAACACCCUCUCCGUGUCCUCCUAGGGUGGUGGUGAGGCUUGGGGAACAUAACGUUGCCACCAAAAUCGACUGCAUUGAUGACACCGGUAUGUGCUCCCCGCCGCAGGACUUCACGCCGGAGGAAAGUUUUACCCAUGAGGACUUCCACGUGCGGAGUUUGGUUAGUGACGACAUCGCCUUGGUGCGCCUCGACAGGAAGGCUCAGUUGGGACCCACAGUGCAGCCCGUGUGCCUUCCCCCGGCGGAUCUGAACAUUGAGGAGUUCCUGAGAUCACGUGAUGCCAUCGUGGCAGGCUGGGGCGCCACCGAGGAAAGGUCUUACUCCAGAACUCUUCAGGUCACCAACAUUCCCUUCGCCAGCAAGAGUAAAUGCAAAAUUCUCUACCCCUUCCUCCCAUUACUGGAAGAGCAGGUGUGCUUCGGCGGCCAGAACAAAAGGGACUCCUGCUACGGAGACUCCGGAGGACCUCUCUUCCAGUCUGACUUGAAGACUUUCCAUAUCCUUCGCAGCAUCCUUUCCAGCAUCCUUCGCGGCAUCCUUCACCCUUCCUCUCUCCCACAGAUCGGCUUAGUAUCCUUCGGUCUGCCUCAAUGUGGUCUGGAUGGCGUCCCGGCAGUGUACACCAGCGUCGCGCCCUACAGAGAUUGGAUUCUGUUGCACAUGAAGCCUUAAUGAUCUUCUUUCCUAGUGUUUUUUUUUUUUUUUUUGUAA